AAACCCUAACCCUAAGAAGCCAGCUCAGCGCAACCUUCCUUUUUUUUCUUUAGGGAAUUAAUUGCUGAGGCUUCCUUCCGUGCAUCCGCAAACCUUUAGGGAAUUUGACGUUACCUGUAAAUCGAUAUAGAUUUGUCCUCGAAGCAAUCUGCUUUCCAUCCUCAAUUCGGAGGUUAUCGAUCUGGACUGGUGAGGCUCCUGCGGGCCUUUUGGUUUUGAGGGUUUUGGGACAAGAAUUGUUGGAUCUUGGAGUUGUCAUGGUUGUGGGUGAUGGAAGGGAGCGUUAGAGGUGGAAUUGGAAAUGCGGGCUCGAGCGAAAGCCGGCCGCCGAACCCCCUUGCUGGAGCUAACCGGCAGUGCUUUGCUGGCGUUAACGCUGGCCACACGCCCAUCAGUGGGACGCUCGUUCGUCACACAUCCCUCAAACAAAUUUCAAGCAUUCCUAUUGAGCCGGAAGUUAGUGGGAAAAAAUGUGAGAAAGAGUAUAUACCUAUUGUGCGCUCCGGUGCCUAUGUUGAUAUUGGAUUUCGGCAGAACAUGGAAGAUACAUAUGUUUGUUGUGAUAACGUCACUGAUGAAUAUUGCCUUAAGAAUACUGGAGAUGGACCCAAUGCAUUUUAUGGGGUAUUUGACGGGCAUGGUGGAAAGCAUGCUGCUGAAUUUGUUUGCAGUAAUUUGCUAAGGUUUAUCAUGGAGGAUGAGGAUUUUCCAAAACAUAUUGAAAAAGUGAUUACUUCUGCAUUUUUGCAUGCAGACACUGCAUUUGCAGAGGCUUGCAGCGUCGAUUCUGCUCUUGCAUCUGGUACGACUGCUUUGGCAGCACUUAUUGUUGGCAGGUCAGGCUCCCUUCCUCUUGCUAGAGAUGAUAGAAUUGCCAGCCUUCACUUUGUAGACUUUAUUUUUUUGCCGGUAUUAUCUUCUUAGUAGUUAUGAUUUCCA